AUGAAACCUUCCAAUUCCGGUCAAGCUCACGGAAGCUCCUCUUCCACACAUCUCAAGACCGCACCCAGUCCGAUGGAAACCCUGGCCAACGAACGUCGCGAAUGUCCCUUUGAUUUAUGGAGGAUGACAUGUGUCUUACACGGUGGGGAAAAGUUGGUGCUGCUUAAGGAUAAGUUCAUGCAAGAAAUUGAACGUGAUCCAGCUUUUAAGCUCGAUGACAUCCAUGACCUCACGAAGGACCAGAUAAGAGAAAGAACGAUGGCCAAGUUUGCCAACAUGGUACAUUACGUGACCACUGAGAGAUUAGAUGUGUUUACGAAACGGAUGGAAUUGAUUGGUAUUGCUGACCCAGCCUUUUGGACUAGAUUUGGAGUUCACUACGGAUUAUUCUUGGGUGCCAUCCGAUCAGGUGCCACUGCAAACCAAUUUAGCUACUGGCUAGAUAAGGGCGUGUUGGGUCUAAAUGGCAUCACCGGUUGUUUUGCAAUGACUGAACUGGCCCAUGGCUCCAAUGUCGCGGGUUUAGAAACUACUGCUACAUUCGACCAGCAGGCCGAUGAAUUCGUUAUCCAUACUCCCACUAUUUCUGCUACCAAGUGGUGGAUCGGUGGGGCUGCUCAAACGGCUACUCAUUGCUCAGCUUUCGCUCGGUUGAUUGUCAAAGGAAACGACUACGGGACUAAAACCUUUAUUGUCCCUCUGAGAGAUCCUCGCAACUUUUCACUCCUACCUGGAAUAAACAUUGGUGAUAUCGGCAAGAAAAUGGGCAGAGAUGGAAUUGACAACGGCUAUAUUCAAUUCACAAAUGUCCGCAUCCCUCGUGCGUACAUGCUCAUGAAACAUACUCAAGUCACUCGAGAAGGCAAAGUCUUCGAACCCCCUUUGGCGCAGUUAACCUAUGGUGCCCUUCUUCAGGGGCGCACAGCCAUGGUAGCUGAUGGCGCGAAUGUCGCCAAAAAGGCUUUAACCAUCGCCGUUCGCUACGGAGCAAUUCGUCGACAGUUCAAGACCGGCAACAAUCCAUUCGAGACGCAACUGUUAGAUUACACGACUCAUCAGCGUCGAUUGAUGCCUCUGGUAGCUCAAGCUAUUGCCAUGGGCUUUACUGCCUUGAGAAUGACAGACCUAUACGAAAAGCUUUCAAUGGAAUUAGAAUCUUUCGACGCAUCAUCAGAUAAGGAGCAAAACGACAAAGUACUCGAAACUUUAAAAGAGGUCCAUGCUUCGUCCGCGGGCCUCAAAGCAUUUUCCACUUGGCAGUGCCUUGAGACAAUCGACAAAUGCAGACAAUCGCUCGGUGGUCAUGGUUACUCUGCCUAUGCUGGAUUGUCAUCUAUGUAUGCUGAUCAAGCCGUUCAAUGUACAUGGGAAGGUGACAACACCAUCUUAUCUUUACAAGCGGGAAGAUCCCUGAUUUCUGCAUAUCAAGAUGCCCAGAAAGGGAAAAAGCUUUCGACUGGUACAGCGUAUCUCAACGACAAAUCAAUCUUGAAAGCGCGCUGCCGAUCCGACGAAGUAGUCGUUGACUUGGAUACAAUGGACACCGCUUGGGGGGCUAUUGCGGCCAACGUCGUCAAGAAGGCUGCUGAUGUCUACGAGAGCAAAAUGAAGCAGGGCUUAGGUAAAGAUGUGGCGAUGGAGGGAUGCGCCCACGAACGGUUUUGUGCGGCAAAGAUCCAUACAAUGGGUUAUAUUUUCCGUCAGUUUCGUGAUGCCCUGGAUUCUGUCGCUGAGGAAGAGCCUCGAACGCUCAAGACCCUCCACACGAUUUGCCAGUUAUACGGAUCUUUUCAGAUUGAGGAAAAUGCAGCCUACUUCCUCAAGUAUGGUUUCUACACUCCCAAGCAGAUGGAUAUUGUCUCAGAGACCGUGACUCGACUUUGCGCUGAAGUGCGAAGCUAUGCCGUUUCAUUGGUCGACGCGUUCCGAUAUUCCGACCAUAUCAUCAAUAGUCCUUUCGGCAGAUAUGAUGGCGACGUUUACUCUGCUUACUUCAAUGCAGUCCGAGCGGCAAACCCACUCCCGCCCGUGCAUCCCUACUUUUCAAAACUCAUCAAGCCCCUCUUAACUCGAGAACCGUUGGAGCUGGACGAUGCAUCGGAGAUCGGAAUCGAUGAGGAGAUUGAAGAAAUCCAACAGGAAAGAUUGCAAGGCGUCAACGAAACCGACGAAGGGGCUAUCCCAGUGACUGAGAGUCAAAGACAGGAGACCGAAGGAGCCGCCGAAUGGGAAAAGAAACGCUGA